AUGACUCAGAUAUACCAGCGAUUGCCAAAUAUUUCAACACAAAAAGGUAUGAACAACCUUAAGCAUCUGGCCGUCAGGCUGUCGAAGCUGUUCCCCUCACUGAUUUCAGAGGAGAAGCUUCGAGGUGGACUCAUCAAAUUCAUAACCAGCUCAAAGCACAGGUGUGUGAACAGCACACUGUCCUUUAAAGCAGGACUGACUGAGCUGUGGGCUAUUAAAGAUAAGGAGUUUGACCAUGCAGUGAACGACGCUCUGAUGAGGUUUUUUGACAAAUGCACCAGGUUUGUGCAGGAAGUUGACAACAACCCCUCAGCUUUGACAGAGGUGGACAAGUUCAAGGAGGGGCCAGAGAUGAGGAGGGUCCAGGAGAAGAUCACAGAUCGUCUUAGGGUCCCGUACUGUCUCAUCACACACGACAUGACUGAAGCUGCAGUUUAUGCAUGUGCUUAUGAAUUUGCCAUCAACGCAGUGAACUCCCCAUGGUGUCAGCUCUUUGAUGAGGAUGACGCAAAGGUUAUGGAGUAUGCAAGUGACCUGAGGGAAUUCUGGAAAAGAGGCUACGGCCAUGAUAUCAACAGCAAAUCGAGCUGCAUUCUCUUUCAUGAUGUGUUUAGCCAACUGGACAAGGCAGCCAAUGAGAUAAAGUCAGGCCAGCAGGUGACUGAAGCUGUGACAGUCCAGGUCGGCCAUGCAGAGACCCUCCUGCCACUGCUUACCCUGCUGGGCUUCUUCAAGGACAGUGAAGCCCUGACAUCGACCAACUACGCCACACAGACCGAGCGUUCCUUCCGCACCAGCCACAUGUUGCCCUAUGCAGCUAACUUAGUCCUGGUUCUGUACGACUGUGGGGGAAGUGACCUGAGACUGCAGCCACUGCUCAACGAGAAGCCUGUGGCUUUCUCUGGUUUAACUGGCCAGCAGGCCUCCAUGCCGCUCUAUCAAGACGUCAAAGAGCACUACAGAGAACUGCUCCAUGGCUGUGACUUUGAGACUGAGUGUCAGCUGUUCAAGCAUCCUGCUGAGGUUUAG